AUUUCCGGCUUCUCAGUACUGGCCUCGCCCUAAAGGGCUCCGCUCCGCCCUAGAGCAACCGUUUCCUCCCAGCGCCGUACUAGAGUGAUUGACGAGUGUCUUGUCCAAUUAUCUUGCCGAGUGACCAUAUAAUUACCAAUUAGGUGGUAGGAGAGGCGGCUGCUGAAGCACCGGGUGGGGAUGAUCAGGAAGUGAGAGCCAAGACUGGGGAGAAGGACGAAUCAAGCCCAGACGGUGGUAGAAAGGCGGCAGAACAUCUGGGCUCCCCAGUUUCCUUCUCUCCCCGUUACUGGGCCGGGGUUUCUUCGCGGCUGGGAGCUAGGAUCUCCAUUUGCUUGUCUUUUGGAGGAAGAGGCUGGGAGAAACACCUGAACAUGUGGAAUCCCAACGCUGGGCAGCCAGGGCCAAAUCCAUAUCCCCCCAACAUUGGGUGCCCUGGAGGUUCCAAUCCUGCCCAUCCACCACCUGUCAAUCCAGCCUGUCCUCCAGGCCCCUUUCCUCCUCCCCCAGGAGUUCCCCACGGAAAUCCUGUUUUCCCUCCAGGUGGGCCCCCUCAUCCUGUGCCACAGCCAGGGUAUCCAGGAUGCCAACCCCCAGGUCCCUACCCUCCUCCAUACCCACCACCUGCCCCUUGCAUCCCUCCUGUGAAUCCCUUGGCUCCUGGCAUGUUAGGACCAGGAAUGAUGAUGGACAAGAAGACACAGAAGAAAAUGAAGAAAGCUCAUAAGAAGAUGCACAAACAUCACAAGCACGGCAAGGUUAGUGCCCUCUGGGGCCUGGCUAGGGAAAGGGUGCCCCCUCAGAGGGACUAGAUGGGUUGGGUGAGGGGGAUUCACAGCCUGUGGACAUGGGGGGAUGGCAAUUGUGUUGCUCUGGUACAUGGUUCUUCCUUUUUGUAAAAGAUUGCUACUGGGAAGAAUCUGAUAAUCUUGAAAAGAAAUAUCAGGCAUCUGUCUGGAAGGGGGCUAGGGUGAGCCUUAGAAUGCAUUUCAGAAUCAAACGCCUGUCUUGUCUGCCUUACUCUCUCUCAGAACUUUUGCCCCCCCCUCCAUCCGCAGGUAUAUGGUUUAGCAAGUUGGAUACACUCACUGAGGCUGUCAAAAUGUCAGUUACUAGGGUCAGUCUUUUGACAGCAAAAUCAUAUAUAAUAAUUAACAGUAUAAUAAUCUGGUCCUAGUUCCUGGAGUUCUUUAUCUCCUUCAAUGUUCUUAGGGUGUGGUGGUAAUUACACAUAGGCCUUUUGCUCUACCAUCCAGCUGGGAAACUGAGGACAAGCAUAGUGACUCAGCCUCAAAGAAAGUCUAGGACUAGUCAGUGACUCAGCCUCUAACCAAGCCAAGGACUAGGGGUUUUCAUACUCAGCCGUAGGCUAAAUAUCUUUGUUCUAGAGGAGUGUUAAUUUGCAAGGGGAAGAGCAGGUCUGAGGACAGCUCCCAAAGGAUUAAACCCACCCUCAUUUUGAAGAGAUCUCAAUUUACAUUUUGCUGCCCAGUAUUUAUUUGCCUUGUGAAUUGGGGCUCUAAUUCCAAUUCUGGGUCUUUGGUAGAAGUCUGAGGAAAAUGAAAGGUGAGACUGAAUAGGAGAGAUGGGAGAAAUUACCCUGGGGAGACUAAAAAAAAAUUUUUUUUUUGAGACAGUGUCUUGCUUUGUUGCCCAGACUAGAGUGAGUG